UUCAAGCAGUGGUGCGGCUUGCCAGCCGUACCGUGCCCGCCCGUGCUGCGCCGCCGUGAGUUGCCAUUUGGCUCCGUGCUGCCGGCGGCCCAGCCGCGACCGCUCUGUUUUGUCGCCCAGCAGACGAUUCCCGUUGUCGACGUUAUUUGCAGUGGCGUGCGUGUGAAGCAGAAGUGCGUCGGACUUCCCCGCGCUGAGGACGGCGUGCUGCACCCCGUGGGCGACGGCGGCGAGGUCGGAGUCCGUCGUCUUAUCGCGAGGCGAGGACGCGGUGACAGAGCCUUCUAACCUCACUUUACCGGCUGACGGCCUGUCGGCAGGGCCCAGCGCGCUGUUUACCUACAUUGCGCAAGGGACUUUAACAGUGUGGGACUCCUGGCGGCGGCCCCGGCACCUCGGCGUCGACGCCCCUUGCCCUGCCUGGUGGAACCCGGGCCGGCGGCACUUCGGGCCGGCGCGGUCCGAGUGAUUCAUCGGGACAAAGAGUGGUGCAAGAGGUCCUUUGUGUCCGGCAGGACAUCGUCAGGACCACGUCAGGACUCCGGCAGGACCCUGGACACGCGGACCAGGACUCGCAGCAAGUGUCAGUGAAGUGCCAGUGUAGUGACAGUGCGGUGUCAGCGCCAUGAUCAAGUGGCAGUGAAAUUCAAGUGAUGUUUGUGGAGUGACAGUGAUUGUGUACAUCAUGACAAUGUGUUUCUAAGUGAAUCGCUUCAAGCUAAUCAGUGACCAUGGCUUGGUGCAAGAAAGUGUGGCGAGAGGAGCUGCUCCAGUUGGCCCUCCUCCUCAGCCUGCUGGGUGUAGACAGGGACCUGUACCGGAGGAACUCGGAGUUCCACCCUGUGCGAAUAGGCAUUGACGAUGUGGGUGGAGGUGUGCGAUUUGAGAAUGCGCAGUUUAACAACCCUUUCAACAACCGGAUUGGACGGAUGCAUCCCAAGAGUCUGGAUUCUGUGCUGCUGAAUUAUGAGAGGGACUUGAUGGAAGAUUUAAAUGCCCUUGGGAGAUACAACAGAAUAGAGCCGCUAAACCACAACGUGACAGCUUAUGUUUUGAAUGUGGAUGUGGGGAGCGUCAGGCUUGGAGCUCUCAGUUCUGCUGGAAACACAGAACCUGCUGAUCCAGCACCAACUACAGCUUCUCCACCAGGAUCGGAAUUAACCCAAGAGGACAUGGACCUGAUCGAGGUCCUGUGGAAGCAGGACGUGGACUUGGGCUUCUCGCUCGAGUACUACAACCACAACAACAAUAACAACAACAUCAACAGUCCGGUCGCGGAGAAGCACUCGGCCUCCAAUGACUCGUCGCCGGAGCCCUCGGCGUCGCAGAGCGGCACCAGCGACGAGCUCGAGAAGAUCAAGAUCCUGAACGAGCUGAACGCGCCGGAACCGGGCAAGGAUGGCUGCCCCGCGGAGGUGGUGUGCAAGAAGGAGCGGCAGGACAGCGACGACGAGCUGGACCCCUGGGCCGGCCUGCCCUACACCGUGGACAGCGAGACAGGGGAGUACGUGGUCGCCGCCGGGUCGGACUCCGACGCUGACCCCCAGAGCUCCGGGGCGAGGGCCUCGCCGUCGUCGUCGACCUCGUCGCUGGCCUCGUUCGGCCGCCGGCGCCAUGACGACGCCACGGUGCCCGACCUCCACUACGACGGCGACGUCUCGGACCACAGCCGCCUGUCGUCGGCCAGGUCCACGGCCUCGGCCUCCUCGUCGUCCAACGUCCAGGAGGACUUCCCGCUCGACGACGACCCGCUGCGGCUGUUUGAGCUGGAGGAGGACGCGUUUUCGCCCGACUUCAACCACGACGAGCUGGACCUGCUGACGCAGUUCGGCGGCUUCGGCGACCUCAUGGACGAGGACGCAGACGACGAAGCGGAGGCGCGACCGCGGGCAGCGGGCCGCGCGCCGUACGGUCGCGCCGUGAGCAUGGAGCAGCGCUGGCAGGACUUGGCCAACUUGCUAAGCCUGCCGGCCGGCCAACAGCAGGAGAUGCAGGCCCACGGGCCCGUGCCGCCGCACCACCAUCACCACCACCAUCACCACCACCACCACAUCCACGGUGGUGCGGCCGGCGCCGCGCCGCAGCCCCUGGGCGCGCACCACCCCCAGCACUACGGCUAUGACGGCGUCCACGCCGGCGCGUCCCCCGCGCGCUCCGUGGUCCUGCACAACGCCACCCUGGCGCCGCCCGUCGGCGACCUCAACAGCUCCAGCGUGUACUCCGGCCUGUCCAUGGGCUCUGCGGUGGCGCAGUCCAUGAACCUGACCAACAGCAGCGAGCCCAUGGGCGACGGCUCGCCCACCAGCGCCUUCAAGAUGGAGCCGCCCCACGACAUGCUGUACUACCAAAACUCCUCGUCCGGCACCGAGAUGGGCCAGCUGGCGCCGCUCAACACCACGACGGAGGGCUUCUUGUCGUCCAUCCUCAACGACGAGGACCUCCAGCUCAUGGACAUGAUGAACGACAGCAUGUACCCCCUGCGUAUGCUGGACGGGGCUGCGGGGGCCGUGGGCGGACCGGGCCCGGGGGCGGUGCUGCCGGGGGCGGCGUCGGGCCUGAUGGGCGCCACGCAGGUGUCGCAGGCGUCGCAGGCGCAGAGCGACGAGCGGCUGGACGCGUCCAGCGACAGCGCCGUCAGCUCGAUGGGCUCCGAGCGCGUCGCGUCGCUGUCCGACGGCGGCGAGUGGAUGGACGCGAGCUCGGACUCGGAGCACUACCAGAUGGACGGCAAGUACCGCCCGGCCGGUAGCAGCCUGGCCAGCCACCACCCCAACGAGUACAGCGGGUACUCGCCGCACCGCGCCGCGCCCGCCGGCGUCGCGCAGAAGAAGCACCAGAUGUUCGGCAAGCGCUACCUCCAGGGCGAGCCUGCCACCGGAGGACUGCCGGUCGGUCCUGCUCCCGCCAUGGCCACUCCGAUGCCGCUCAAGUUGGACUUCGGCGGCGAGGCGUCGCGGCCCGGCGCCAUGCCCGGCGCCAUGCCCCAGCCUCAGGGCCCUCAGGGCGGCGCGUCGGCGGCGCCCUCGGCCAGCGGCCUCGUCAUGAACGGCUCCGUGGCCUCGGGGCUGGGCGUGUCCGCCAUCGUGCCCUCCGGCGCCAGCGCCUUCAGCUCGCCGAUGUCGCUGGACGAGGAGGAGCAGCGCGCCCACGACAUCAAGUUCGGCUACUACGGCCACGAGUACCCCCGCCAGCACCAUGCUCGGCCUCCAAUGGAACCGGUGGCACACAACCACACCUACCAUUUGCCACCACCUCCGGAGAGCUCGGGCUCAAUUCAACGCCCCCUGCAAAGGGACAAGCCUUCCAAGUCACGCGACUCUCGCAGAAGCGACGAUGCACACUUGUCGCGCGACGAGAAGCGUGCGCGAGCUCUGAACGUACCGAUGGCUGUGGACGACAUCAUUAAUUUACCCAUGGACGAAUUCAACGAACGGUUAUCCAAGCAUGACCUUAGUGAAGCGCAAUUAUCUCUUAUCAGAGACAUCCGUCGCCGUGGUAAAAACAAGGUGGCUGCCCAGAACUGCCGCAAGCGCAAGCUUGACCAAAUUGUUUCUCUUGCCGAUGAAGUUCAGCAAAUGAGAAGUAGAAAGCAAAAGCUUCUUAGGGAACAUGACUACCUCAACAGAGAAACUGCACUUGCCAAGGAAAAGUUCAGCCAAUUUUACCGACAUGUCUUCUCUGCCCUGCGAGAUGCUGAUGGCAACCCUUACUCUCCGUACGAGUACAGCCUGCAGCAGGGCCCUGAGGGCAACGUAAUGUUGGUGCCCUUGUCUUCCUCCAGCCCUGCAGGGGCCAGCGGUCCCUCAGGCAUGGCGCUCGACUCAGCCCACCAGCAGAUGUCUCGCUCCAUGUCACAGUCGCAGUCUCUGUCAGAGGCAGCAGUAGCCCCACAACCUCACCCCCACUACGUCAGGUUGUCCAUGUCCUUGCCGCAGCAUUCACUGCAUCAACAUGACCGACUUAAAGACCAACAAGCUCAGCACUCGCAGCAGCACCCCCAUGCCCCCCACCCUCACCCCCACCACCCCCACCCCCAUCACCCUCACCACCCCCACCACCCCCAUCAUCCGCACCACCCACACUCGGAUCCCCAUCACAAGGAGUGAAGGGGAGGUUGGUGGUAUGCGGAGAAGUAUGAGUGAGUGAGUGUCUGUAUGUGUGUGAGUGUGUGAGUGAUUGUGUGAGUGGGCAUGGGAGGGUUUUAGUUUCAUUUUCAUUGUUGGUGUAACUGUCAAAUGGGUUUUCUGCUAAAAGUUGUAUCUGAACAUAUUAGUGUGCUACCUAGCUUAAAGCUCUAUAUGCACAUUUUUUUUUUUUGUUGUUGUUGUUGUUGUUUUGAAAAAAUGAGAAUCUUCUUUUCUCAAUCAUUUCUCUUUCAAAGUAAUUUUUAUUUUGUUCAGCAACUAAAGAGAAGUAAAUAGAAAAUUAUGUCUGUAGAUAAAAGACAUGUUUGGAACUCGUAACUAAUUCUGAGUAGAUGCAUUGAAUUUUUGACACUGGACUGACUGGUGGUUCUAAAACGGGUCAUCAUAGAUCUUGUGCAAUUUCUUCAAGAAAUUCUGCCAAGUUUUAGCUAUGUUUAAUUUAUGCAGUAAAAGAGCUUUCAGAUGCAUUGUUGUAGUGGCUUUCAAGUUUUAUCCACUUUAUUGUUUUAUCACCAGUGAAAAUGAUUUUUAAUGUCCUUAGCUGUGUUGAUGUUGUAGAGGCAAUGCAACCUUGUGAUUUAAUGACCUGCUUUUCAUGCAAGUCAGAAACAGCUCAAAGUGAAUGUGAUGUGAUGUUAAUAUUACUGUAACUCUCUAGCUAUGCUUUUGCUUUUAAAUUUAUCUCUUUGUCACACUAAAUUUGAAACAGACUUUUGUUUGUUUCCUUGGGAGGCACUUAUUUUUUAUGUUAAUUCUUGUGUCCUUCUGAUAUUGGCAUACAUGUAAAUUGAGAAACAAACCAAAAGAGGCAAAUCCCUUUUUACUCUUAACAUCUUUUUCUGCUUAUACUGUAACGAACUCAAAUUUAGUUGGGAAUAUGGUUAGCCUGUUUUGAUGUGAAUGUCUUCAUUCAGGAAUUUGUCCAAGUUUUUACUCUGAUUUGAGUAUUUAGUUUUGCCUUCAUUUAUUUCUUAGGAAGGGUAGUCUCAAAAUAAAUCAAAGUUUUCCUACCCUGUGGAAAGAAAAUGAACACAUUCUGAAAUUUUCCAAAUCUAUUGGAAUUUUACUGAUUCACCAAUUAUUUUUCAAAUAAUUGAUUGUUAAGUAUAUUGGCAGCAAUUUUUUUUUUUACUUUUGACUAAUUGAUGAUAGCAGUGUGCUUUGGGUGCUGAGGCUUUUAAUUAUGAUCAUGGCAUGCAGUUUGUUAAUGCAAAUGACAUUGCAUUUACAUCAUUGUAAAUUUGAUCUCAAAAGAAAUGCUUAGUACAAUAACUGUCCGCAUGCCAUGUAAUCCCUCCAUGUUUUUUUCCACUUCAAUUUUUCUUACUUUAGUCUGAGCCUAGCCUGCAUUAUAGUUGCCGUAGAUGAUGAGCCUUAUGUGGAAACUUAAUACCUUAGAUCGGUUAGAAAGUUAUGAAAUAAGAAGUCAGAGCUAUAAUGGGUGUCCAGCAAUCAGUUGCUAUUGAAUUUGGAUUAGCUCUCCAAAAGCAUCUCUGUUUCGGAAGUCAUUCACUAUACUACUAAAAUUGUGCAAUAGAUACGGUGCAAUGGAUCUUCCUCAGCAGGGUCUACGAAAUACACUUUGUUACCUUACUGAUACUAGUUUUUAUUUUGUCAUAGUUUUGGCUGCUAUUAGAAUUAUGUUUGGGUUGUAAACUCAUUUGUAUUCAUAUGUACAUAUUGUUAAUGAGAGAGAUUCUACCAGCCUUUUAUAUAUUUAUGUGUUAUGUAAGUUAUUUUCAGUGUGGAAAUAAUUUUUAAAAGAUAUUAGUGAACAAAAAUUAACAUCCAAAUUAACCUAGACAGGUGGAUGUCAAGUUGGUUUUCUUUACAGCAAGCUGAAGGUGAUGGUUGAGGUCAUGUUUGCUGCUUGGAAAGGGAAUUUGGCCCUCGUCUGCUUUGUACAUAAUGCAACGAUUGUGAAUAGAACAUAUUUUUACUACUAUCAAUCAUUAAGUGGAAUGGUGAAUGUAAAUAGUGUACAGAUAGCUUAUAUAUGUAUAAUUUUCUGCUGUCCAAUUUUCUCCCUUCUUUUUUGUAUGUAUAAAUAAAUGUAAAUUGAAAUUAUUAUAUUAAAUUGAGCGUUAACAGUUGUUAAUCACAUACAGGAGUGGUAGACUAUAUUUUUAUGGAAUGGGUUUCAAGAAAUUUUAUCUUCUACUGUACCUCUUUCACUCUCUUUGAGGGAACAAAAAUUCAAUCUGACUCAUUUACAGAGCAUCUUAGAAGGUUUAGUGAGUGUGUUUUGACUGCAUUGUUUAUUUACAAAAUUAAACAGACUUGUAAGGAAAAAUAAAACCAACUGAUCAAUA